AGAUGCUAUUUCAAAUCCUCCAUACAGAACACGUUACCAUAGUCUUUCGAGACUGAAGGAUGCCUAACUAACUAUUUGAUCAACUGAUAAUGCAGACUUACUACCAGCACCGGUGAAAGUGAUGGUUGAAGCAACUCGGCCCUAUGUAAAGGUGACAGAAACUACUUGAAACUAGGCUCCUGGUGAAGCAAAUCACUUUUGUUGAAGUGGUUUUGGAAAAAUCACAGCGGAAUUUCUGGGCAGGAGAAUCCAAAACAGGAAGAGGCCCAGAAGCGAUUCCGAGGAGGCAGAAGUUGCCUUGAAAGAGUACAAUUUUCUACAGAUAAAUCUCUUCUUAUUCAGAAGAGUGAUUCCACUUCAAAAGCCCAGGUAUGGAAUGGUUGGAUUAACAAAGGAAGACACGCUUCUUCACCACUAUAGGGUCACUCAACUACUUCCCAUCUUAAAGCAAACGAAGAUGGUCAGGACCUGCUUGCUGCUCGUACUUCUGAAAGUAUGCAAAAUCCAUUCAGAAGAGGAAACAAAGACCCCUGAAAACUGGGAUGCCCAAUGGCACAGAAACCAUUCUCAGGGCACAAAUGACAACUGGAAACAACAGUUGCCCGGAAGCAUCAUCAUAGGUGUGCGGAAGGGGGGCACACGGGCCCUGCUGGAGAUGCUAAGCUUGCAUCCUCAGGUGGCAGCUGCUAAUUCGGAGGUACAUUUUUUUAAUGUGGAGGAGAAUUACCAGAAGGGAUUGGAAUGGUACAGCCAACAGAUGCCACUUUCACACCCUGCUCAAAUCACUGUGGAAAAAACCCCAGGCUAUUUCUCUUCUUUCAAGGCACCAGAAAGGAUCCAUGCCAUGGACAGAUCCAUGAAGCUCCUCCUGAUUGUGCGGGACCCUGUGGAAAGGCUAGUGUCUGAUUACACUCAGAUUCUGAACAACCGCAAGACACGGCACAAACCCUAUCAACCUCUAGAGCAGAUCCUGAGGAGGGGCCAGCAACUCGACACCCGAUACAAGCCCAUGCAACGCAGCCUCUACGCUCUGCAUCUGGCUCGGUGGCUAGAGUUCUUUCCGAUGACACAGAUUCAUGUAGUCGAUGGGGGUGGCCUUAUCCGGGAGCCACUCUCAGAAAUGCGCCAUGUAGAGCGUUUCUUGGGACUGGCACCAUACUUAGGCCCAGACAACUUUUAUUUCAAUCAAACAAAGGGUUUCUAUUGCCUACAGGCAAAAGGGUAUCACCACUGCUUGGACAAAUCCAAAGGGCGACCUCAUCCUGCUGUAGAGGAGUUACUGCUGGAACAACUCUGCACUUACUUCAGUGAACACAACGAGAACUUCUUUGCCAUGGUAGGGAAGACGUUUAACUGGUGCUGAAACUUGCUUUGAGGCUUACUGGUGUACUCAAAUGGUAAGAUCAUAGCAAUUUGGGCAUCUAGGAAAAAGACUGUGGUGAGAAUCUGAGUCUUAUUUAAAACAAGUUGAAAGCUGAGUUGUAUUACUGUGUCACACAGUUGUUGUUUUUUUUUACAAGGAACCAGCAGGAAAUAGCUUUCACAAUGGAGCCUACUGAGAAAAGAAAACGUUAAAGGCGAAAGAUUUAUACGAUCUGAAGAGAAACCAGAGUAAAGAAAAGAAAAGAAAACGUUGAUAAAACUGUUAGCCCAACUUAGCAGUUAUUCACCCAGGAAGAGCUGUAUUGGGGCCAAAAUAAGGUCAAGAACUCACAUCUUCCUGUGUAUAACUGUGUGACCGACAAAAACAACAGAUGAAAAUCUCUCUUCCUUGUACAUACUGUAUAGCGGUCUCCCUAUAUUUCCAGAGAACACAAGCAGUUUGCUGGAACGGAAUCCCAAACCUUCUGCUCCCUCUAUUUGAUCCCGAAUGCCUAUAACCUGAGUGAUUUGAUCCAUGUUCAGCAGAGGGCAGCAUUUCUCCAGAGAAUAGCAUUCUCCAGUGCUACCUAAGAUCUGGCUUGUUGGAACAAAACAAAAUCCAGCCAUAUAUCCUACCUCUAUUAUCAAUAAAUGAAGUUGCCUUAAUGAGUCAGAUUACUGGUUAAUCUAGCCUAGCUGACUACUACUGGCAGCAGAUCUCCACUGUUUCAAUCAAAGGAUUUUAAUUCUAACCAAAGAUACUGCAGUUCUUUUAAAUAAAAAUUUAAAUACGACAUCCUGCUUAAUGGACUUACCUCUUCAAACAUUACAGAACUGGGUCUCAAGCCUUUCUUGCAUCAGACAUGUACAAGAGGAGUCACUAAGAUUUUGGCUGCAGGCCUGCCCUCUAGUGUUCCUUGAAUACAGGUUAUACAGUGGGGUCUUGACUUGAGAACUUA